AUGAAGGUCUUCGCCAGUAUCCUCGCCAUUGCUGCUGUUGCCUCUGCAGCAGCAACCCCUAACCUCAAGCGCCGCACCGGUAUUAUCGAGAUGCGGGCUGCAUCCGACCUCUGCGGUCCACUUGACACCCCCAUGUGCUGUGGCACCGAUGUGCUCGGCCUCGCUGAUCUUUCCUGCUCUUCUGGUAUACAUCUGCCUUUACCUUCUGCUUUUGCUUUUCGCUUUUGGAAGGGAGAUGCUAAUGUCUUUGGUUUUGCAACAGUUCCAAGCACUGUGACGACUUCGGCCGACUUUGGUACUUAUUGUGCAGGUGAGGGCAAGUCUGCUGAGUGUUGUGUUACUUCGCUGGUGAGUUUAUGUUUCCAUGCUGACGAUGAUGUGGUGAUUCUGACUUUUUUCUCAGCUUGGUAG